GUCGAAUAGAUGACGCACGAUGUAAACACAACCGGGUGUCGAAAAUAUGUUUCAUUAUGUCGGAAAGGUUGUCCGUGUUUUAUCGCGGUUGCAGUGUAGGGAAUUCUGCUCGGGGACGAUAUUUAGCCAGUCAUCAGGUCGCGGCAAAUGUGGUGUUGCUGUUAUUCGCGUGUCCGGUUCCAACUCGCUUUCUGCUCUGAAAUGUAUGACUUCGGAGAAUUUCGAGCCCAAACCACGGUAUGCCAGCCUCAGACCCUUUGUGCAUCCGAAAACGAAGGAAAUGAUUGACCGUGGCCUGGUCCUCUGGUUUCCAGGACCCAACAGCUUCACUGGAGAAGAUUCCUGUGAGUUCCAAGUUCAUGGCGGGCUAGCGGUCAUUCAGGCAAUGCUCGAUGCGUUAGCGUCUAUCCCAAAUCUUCGUUUAGCCAGACCUGGCGAGUUCACGAAACGUGCGUUUUUCAACGGAAAACUGGACCUGACCGAAGUCGAAGGUUUGGCGGAUAUUAUACAUGCUGAGACGGAAGCACAACGACGGCAGGCUUUACUUCAAAGUACAGGAGCGCUAUCCAAAAUAUACAAAAACUGGCGUGAAAAGCUCAUCAAAAGCAUCGCUUAUUUUGAAGCUACAAUAGAUUUUGCAGAGGAUGAAAAUAUUGGAGAAGAUGCACUGGAAACCGUAAAACAGAAUGUUCGGGAAACAGUAACUGAAAUCAGAAAUCACUUGAAUGAUAAACGACAAGGGGAAAUUCUUCGAGACGGUGUUCAGACAGCCAUUAUUGGAGCACCAAACGUUGGAAAAAGCAGCUUCCUUAACUUGAUUUGCCAAAGAAAUAUUUCCAUUGUUACAUCGAUAGCUGGAACCACUCGAGAUGUGAUCGAGUCCUUCUAUAACAUUGGCGGAUAUCCUGUUGUAUUUGCUGACACAGCUGGGUUACGAUCCCACACGGACGAUGUGAUUGAAAAGGAAGGAAUAAAUCGGUCGGUGGAUCGCAUUAGAAGUGCUGAUUUGGUUGUGUUCAUGGUAGACGCUACGAAUUUAGUCAGCUAUUUGAAAUCCAACCGAGGGAGAGAUAGUAACUCGUACAUGAGAGAACAUCUGGAAACGCUUGGCUUAGACGUGGAUAUACCUAGAGAAAAGUCUACGAUUAUAAUCGCUAACAAAAUAGAUCUUUUGGAUGAAGACAGCCGUCGUGUACUGGGAGCUUGUGAUGGACUAAUCCCUCUUUCUUGCAAUACUAGUGAAAAUUUAGACAAAUUGAUGAAUGAUUUCACGUUGGUUCUUGAGAAAAUUUGCGGAAACCCCACGACAGAAUCACCCAGGCUUAGUAAAUUGCGUUACAGACAUCUGCUCAACAAUUGCAUAGUCGAACUUGAAUGCUUUCUUGAAUACUGUGUCGAUGGUGAAUUUGUAGACUUAGCGAUUGCUGCCCAGAAAUUGCGAGCUGCUGUACGACAUAUAGAGCAAAUUGUGGGCAAUGUGACAACGGAGCAGAUAUUAGAUGUUAUAUUUCAAGAUUUCUGUAUUGGAAAGUGAAAUGUUCAAUUUUAUAUCGUGUUCGAAUAAGACGUAUUUGUUUGUAUGAAAA